GUACAACACGGAGCAGUUCUCGCCCUACGCCGUCCCCUCCCCCCAGGGCUCCUACCAGCCCAGCCCCUCCCCCCAGAGCUACCACCAGGUGGCCCCGAGCCCCGUGGGCUACCAGAACACGCACUCGCCGGCCAGCUACCACCCCACCCCCUCCCCCAUGGCCUACCAGGCCAGCCCCAGCCCCAGCCCGGUCGGGUACAGCCCCAUGACCCCCGGAGCCCCCUCCCCAGGGGGGUACAACCCCCACACCCCCGGCUCGGGGAUCGAGCCCAGCGCUGGGGACUGGGUGACCACGGACAUCCAGGUGAAGGUGAGGGACUCGUACCUGGACAGUGCAGCCGUGGGACAGACCGGGGUGAUCCGCAGCGUCACGGGCGGGAUGUGCUCCGUGUACCUGAAGGACAGCGAGAAGGUGGUGAGCGUGUCCAGCGAACACCUGGAGCCCGUCACACCCACCAAGAGCAACAAGGUGAAGGUGAUCCUGGGCGAGGACCGCGAGGCCACCGGGAUCCUGCUGAGCAUCGACGGCGAGGACGGGAUCGUGCGGAUGGACCUGGAGGAGCAGCUCAAGAUCCUCAACCUGCGCUUCCUGGGGAAGCUGCUGGAGGCCUGAGACCCCUCCCCACCGAGACCCCCACCCAAUUCCCACCCCUCCCCCCGGCUUUGGGUCCCCCCCACCCAUUUCUGACCCUUUCACCCCCGGUUUUGUGUCCC